UCGUACUUAUCUACCUCGACGACAUCCUGGUGUACAGCCGGAGUUUGGACAAGCAUGUGGAACACCUGCGCACCGUUUUGGAGCGGCUACGACAAGCCAAGUACAAAGCCAACCGCGACAAGUGCGAAUUCGGAAUUCGCGCGGCAGGAGCUGGAGUACUUGGGACAUUAUGUGAUGCCGCAAGGCAUCCAUCCGCUUGCAGACAAGAUCGAGGCCCUACGAGUAUGGCCCGAUCCCACCAACACCACGGACGUUCGUUCAUUCAUGGGAUUGGCGGGCUUCUAUCAGCGAUUCAUCACCGAAUACUCAAGGAUUGCUGCACCUAUGACGAGAUUACAAUCGCCGAAGGUGCCAUUCGUAUUCCAUGACGACGCACGCGGGUCAUUCCAAGCACUCAAGAUGGUCAUGCUCAUGGCACCCAUCCUUAGCAUCUAUGACCCCACCCUGUCGACGAAAGUGACUACGAACGCUUCCGGCUAUGGCAUUGGGGUAGUCUUGGAACAGCACGGCGACGACGACUGGCACCCUGUGGAAUAUUUCAGCCACAAAGUGCCUCCCAUCAACUCGCUUGAUGAUGCAAGGAAGAAGGAGCUGCUCGCAUUCGUCAUGGCUCUCAAGCGAUGGCGGCACUUCCUCCUUGGGCGUCGUAGGUUCACAUGGGUCACGGACAACAAUCCAUUGACCUACUACAAGACGCAGGAUACAGUGAGCAGCACGAUCGAACGAUGGAUGUACUUCAUCGACCAAUUUGACUUCACACCGAAACAUCUUCCCGACCUCUCAAAUCGCGCAGCAGAUGAACUCUCGCAAAGACCUGAUCUUUGCGCUAUGACACAUCAUGCCUUCGCAUUCGACGAGGAGCUCCAACGACACUUCAUCAGGGGCUAUGAGUCCGAUCCAGAUUUCGCCACGCUAUAUGCGCAGCUAUCGUCGGAUCACCCGCCGGCCAGCCACUAUCGCAUCGCCGAUGGGUACUUGCUCCUGCACUCGCGGGGCAAGGACUUACUAUGUGUCCCACGUGACCGCCGUCUUCGGACUCGCCUCCUCGGCGAGUAUCAUGAUUUGCGACUCGCCGGGCAUUUCGGAGUCAACCGCACUAUUGCACGGCUUCGACAGCGAUUCCGAUGGCCCGACCUCAUCACCGAUAAAGAUUGGAUUGACCGCCUCCCCGACAUCGAGUUCGCCUACAACACUUCGGUGCACCCGACGAUCGGCGUGACUCCAUUCGAGUUGCACCACGAUGGACGAAAAGGCCGUAUCUUCGCCGACCUUGUCCUCCCACGACCAGCCGACAUCGAUGCCGCUUGCUCUCCCGCUUUCGUCCGGAAGUACAGGGAAUUGCUGGCUCAAGCCCACGCGAAUAUGCAAAAGGCUCAAGUCCGCAUGCAGCAGCAAGCCAACAGACAUCGCGUGCCAUGUCCCAUCCGCGCCGGAGACCUGGUUUGGGUUUUCGCGGAAGAGUUUGCACUGGAACAGGAUGUCUCACGCAAACUGCUUCCCAAGUGGUUUGGACCAUGGCCCGUAACAUCAGCCGCGGGCGAUGAGCCCGAUGGCCCUUCAUUUGUGAUCAACAUUCCCCCGCAUCUGACGGUCCAUCCAGUCUUUCACGCCUCAAAGCUGGCAACAUACAUGCCAGCUAAGAGGGACAACUUUCGGGGCCGACGAUCGCAGGACCCUCCUUCUAUGGAUGGUCAUCAGGAAGUUGACCGCGUCAUCACCGAUCGCAAGUACGGCAGCAAGCCGCGACAGUACAAAGUUACAUUCAAAGCAUGCGAUCGCGACGACACUCGGUGGAUUUCAGGAGCAGAUUUGAAAGCAUCCGCACCGCCGAUCUACGCACAUUAUGAGAAGCAAAGGUUAGCUCAGGAAGCUUCACAACCGGCCCCUCCCACCCGGACUGUGGUCCCUCCCUCAGACAGAUAGCUUCGCCCUCGCAGGUAAGCUCGGUCUUUUAAGGAGGGGGGGUUGUGGCAUACUGCGUAGCCACACGG